GUGUAUAACAAUGUUGUAUGUAACUUUAGAGACGGUCCCUUAAUUUCCACAUGAUUUCCACGUCCAACGACAAACCAACUUUAUGCCAGUCAGAAAAUAAGAUCCUGACCUCAAGCACUUCCUAACAGACAAACCGUUCUACAUUGUUAUCUAGCUUGGUUUUCAAUCAAGGGUGCUAGUCUGUUGCCUGAGGGAAAUCAAGUCAAUUAUUCCUCAGAAUAGGGGUGUGUGAUAUGUGAUAUGACAACAACAACAACAAAAACGUUACCAAAGUGUCCUUUUUGUGUCCUUUGUUUGGUAGCAUCAAGGGUACUUACAAGGAGUCCAAUUAUGUACUUUUAAUUUGCUUUUAAGAGAACAAUGUAUUCAUGGUUCCAUGCUGAAUCUACUGUAUAAACUAAAGGUAGAAAAGAUGUACCGUUCAAGGAACCACCUCAAGUGAGUGUAGUGGUGGGCGAUGUAUGAUACUGAAAGGUAUCAUAUUAUUCUUUGAGGUUUGAAUUCACUAUACAAAAUAUUUAAAAACCUUGACAUUUUUUUCCUCGCCACUCUCAGGAUUAAAGAUUUCUGACUGUACUUUUCUUGUUGCUGCAGUGCUACCAUCAAGUGUCCCAAGUUUUGAACCUUUGAUGUGUAUUGUUCACCUGGGAACAUGCACAUGGCGUACCUUGAAUGAGCUUUUAAAAUGAAGCUUAAAAGAGACAUGUUGCUGUGGGUUCUGUCCAGCCUGCUGGUGCUGUUUAGUACCGUUGACUUGUGGUAUUUCGUGAGAGGAGCAUGGGCGGUCCUGAAGUACCUGUUUCAGGACCCGGUCCGAGACGUGCUAGGCGAGCAGGUCGUCAACGGCCGAGUUCUCCUCCACGACAUCGAUUACAUGGGCCACAUGAACAACGCUCGCUAUCUGAGGGAGUGUGACUUCGCCAGACUUUCCUAUUACGCACGCAACGGGAUGUUCAAGGCCUUCCACGCACUCGGGGCAAGGAUGGUGAUCGGCGCUUCGACCAUCCGUUACCGGCGGUCACUUGGACUCGGAGAGGCGUUCGAGCUGCGUAGCCGCAUCAUGGCCUGGGACGAGAAGUCUUUCUUUGUGGAACAGCGCUUCGUGUCCAAAUCCGACGGCUUUAUCUCUGCUGUCAUACUGUGCAGGCAGAAUGUAAUUCAUAGCACGCCUGAUCAGAUUUUGCAGCACGUCUGCAAGAGAAAGGUGGACUGUCCUGAUAUCCCAGAGGACCUUCAGCAUUGGAUCAAUUUCAUCUCAGCUAACAGUCAGGCGCUGAGAGCAGAAUGUGGCUUAGAUGAGAAGACCAAGUGAUGAUCACGUGUUGUAUUAAUCUAAGCAUAUUUUCUUUAAUACUUAUGUUAAGUCAGUACUUUAAAAGGGGGGGAAAAGUAAAAUCUUGAAAAAGGAAUCCCAGAGCCAUUCCAGAGACUAGGGAUGCGUCGGGUAGGGGUCGACCGAUAGCAAAUUUUACCGAUAUCUAAGUCGGACGGUAACUGCCGAUGACCGAUUAAUCAACCGAAAGUUUUUAAAAUUGAUACCGAAUGCAAACAUGACACUCAAAGUAGAAUACUGCUGAAUUUUAUUACAAACAUAAACAGUACCGACUGUACGAUGAAAAUGUACUGUACUAUUAUAAAUGAAAUAAAUAUAUUAAUAUUAAAAUAUACGCGAACUAUGAAUAAAUAUUAAAGUAAAUAAAUAAAUAAAGGGCCUGUUUACAUCUGGUCACUUCGUGCGGUUUCUCUGAUCGAUUAGAUAUCCGAUUUGUUAAAACCGGUUCCGUUUACACUGUAAUGCGUUUCAGCUAAACGGAUCUGAAUCCGAUCUUCUAUUCCCACGCUAAUUGCAAAUGCACGUUUCCGUGAACUGAAACGGCAGCCACCGUUAUUUUGCUCUGUUUGGGUUUGCGAAUGCAGUCGAAUAGAAAACGAAAACGCUCCCUACGACAUUUACGCAACAAAAGGCAGCACGUAUCAUUUGCAGCGUUUUCGCUGUCGGCAGUAUUAAACUUUAAACCCCAGCGAGAUACCUGGAUAAACGCUCGGAGUCAACACUGGUGGGGAAAUAUAGCGCGGGCUUCUUUUACGGAACGAGACCGGCUAUCCGGUUUCCGAACAGGACACCGGACCUUCGAUUAUCUUUGUGUCGGUCUGCCAAGCGAUUUAACGAGGACGCACACACUCACCUUUGCUUCUCGCACGGUUAAAGCGAGUGACGUACUUCUGUUUGGGAGGAGAAAAGCGCUGACGUAUGUGGUUUCGACAACCAGAUGCUUUUAGACUUGUCCAGUUUCGUCUGGAACAAGUCCCAGACCACCUCCUGUUGCGGUUCGAGCGAACGGAUUUAAAUCCGUCUCGAAUGCGUUUCGGAAGGCAUUUACACCUGGUCUUUUCCAGGUGAUCGCUGUCCGAUCAGAGACAACGCAUGAAGUGUCCAGGUGUAAACAGGCCCAAAAAUAGAGACAUCCAAAAUGAAUCCACAAAACACUUCAAAUAACACAACAAAAUUUGUCAGCAAUAGUUGUUAGUUCGCCUCUAGAGGCCGCUCUUGUACUGUAUAAUGACAGUGGACCCUUCUCAACCCGGAAGAACUAUGGGUGUGGAUUUUUGCCGAUAGCUAAUAGUUCCACCUAUCGGUUAUCUGUGCCGAUUAAUCAGCGAAACCGAUCAGUCGACCUCUAAUACCGGGUAUUAUUCCAUCCGAUAUCAUGCUCAUUUACUCAUACUCGUAAAAAAAAAAAAAGAUGCUCCAAUACGUGACAUAGUCCUAGGGUACAUAGUCAUGUCAACGAACGGACGACUUGAAAUAAGACAUCUGGCAAAGCAGACUGCAAACUGCUCUGCGAAAACAUCAAGUGAAGCUACUCCAGCAAUUUUUGACGAUACGAGUAACCUGAUACACUAAACACUGUAUAGCGUUUAAACAGUAAGUUUAAUAGGGAGCACGAGGGGGACUCACCUGAGCACACAAGCAGUAUCAGUGGGUGUGGUCAGUCAAUUUCAAGGUGUUAGAAAUUGUACACACACACGAGUAUCCGCAAGCGUAUCAGGCAUGAGAGCAGUUCAGUUGUGCGAGCACUGAGAACUGAGGUGUGGGUAAUUCAGGUCUAAACUAUUAUGAGUCAAAGCGGAGGUCACGGCACUUUGCGCUCAUUUUAACGGCCACGCUCGAUUAACACUAGCAGGUUACUCAUUUCAGUAUAAGUGAGUACGAAAAAACAUACUCGUACUCAAGUCUCCAAAAAAAAAAAGGCAUCAGUACAUCCCUAAUAGAGACGAAAGAUUUCUUCCUGUUAUUUGAUUACGUAUUAUUCAAUUAUAUAGAAAUAUAGUAAAGGACUUGGCUUUCUUGAUAAAUGAAUCGUGAUUUCUGAUACUAUGUUUUACGCUGAACAGGCACACAAGUAUAUAUUUUGCUGAAAAGGGAACAUUUAUUUUUUUGUAAUUUAUUUGAAAACAGAGACUGCUGCAUGUAUUGGGUCUAAAGACAGAUCGUUCCAGAACUGUUGGACCAAGUUCAGUAUAUUAAUACUAUCCCAACCCUGAAAAUGAAUAAAACUAGACGUACAAGUUUAUAAUCUAGACCCAUUGUUGAUAUAUUAGCUGUGUCAAUCUAACGGUAUUGUUUGUGGAUUUCUUUUAAAAGAUUUGAAUGUCGUUUAUAUCCAUCGAGUAUUUAUUUAUUUAUUUAUUUAAAUUAUUGGAGAGAAUGCACUGAAAUGCAGCUUGCACGUGACAAGAAUUCUGCACGUUUUCACUUCGACGCACAUUAUUAUUUACGCAAGAUCAAGCGAGAAGAGCUAAGCCUGCAUUUUUGAAAUGAAGUUGUUUUAAUAAAGAUGGGGUUUCAUAAAGAAGAAAGUACUUAUUGUAUGACCUGUUUCGCAACGUAUGUGUGCCGUAUUUGUUUGCAAUAUAAAAUAUAUCAUGAUUUAUGGAACUAGUAUGUAUUUUCUGUGUUAAUGUUGCAUUCCUAAACAUGCACAACUUAAUAAACGUACUACAUGAAAUAGAAA